AUGACGGAGAAAACUACUGCGCAACCGGGUGUCGCCCCAGAUCAACACGCCAGCAAUGGAGCGGUGGAAAAUCCAACCUCGAGCAACAUCCCAGAUGGGACCGCGGUCAGAAAAAGCGACUCAAAUGCAAAGGAAAGCGCGCAAACAUCGCCAGCUCCAAAGGCCGAAAGUAGCACUCCUGCGGGGCCACGCACCAGCCCGAAGAAACGGCGCAAGCAUAUGACUUGCGAUUCGCGCAAUAUCGGACACCUGUGUCAUGACGAACCGAGAGAACCAUCGAAGCGAUCGCGUAGUGAGCACGAGCAGUCUGCUGCAGACGAGGAGGGCUCUUCGAAUAACGAGUACUCGAAUGUCCACGCCAUGCCCCGGAAGGUUGAUAUUCAAGAUGCUGCAGGCCAGCAGAUUCUGGGCGACGGGCCCCUUGGCCUUACUUCGUCCUCUAUGAAUGCGGUGCAACCGGGGCCCAUGUCUUCUUCUACAAGCCAAAACAUGGGUGUUACUUCUCAACAGCAGCUUCUCGGAUACAAUGACUGGGUCAGUGGCCAAAACCAGUUCCAAGACAUGCAUACUUUCCACCCUUCUUAUAUGUUCAACGCGCCGGAAGUUACGAACGAAUACAAUCUUUUAGGUGACUUCCUCAGCAACAGUCUCUUAGACGAUGGCAGCAUUUUCCAGAACGACGAUAUGCAGAGAAUGUAUUCAGAUCCAACGUUAAUCAACUCCAUGGCUGUGCUGGGAGGGCCCAGUACAUCGCUACUUCAGCAGGCACAACCUCUGCAACCACCGCAAAACCAGCAGAAUCAGGGCGACACUACUUCGGGGACUAUGAUUGGAAACGACAAAGCAAGGGAAACGUAUUAUAUGACGGCUGCAGACCCCGCCGGAUCCGAUCCACCAGAAGAGCGCAUGAAUAAACUUCUCAAAGCAAAAUACGACGCCGGUCUAUUGCGGCCGUUCAACUACGUCAAGGGUUAUGCAAGGCUGAGCUCUUACAUGGAGAAGCACCUUCAGCUGUCCUCGCGACAAAAGAUUGCUCGGCAACUAGACAAGUUCCGGCCCAAAUUCCGCGACAGGAUGCAGAAGUUGACGGAUAUCGAACUCAUACUGGUGGAGAUGUGGUUCGAGCGAAGCUUGAUGGAAUACGAUCGUGUUUUUGCCAGUAUGGCGAUACCCGCGUGCUGCUGGAGGCGAACGGGUGAAAUUUUCCGUGGUAAUAAGGAAAUGGCGGAGUUAAUCGGCGUUCCCAUCGAGGUUCUCAGAGACGGUAAGCUGGCUAUUCAUGAAAUCAUUGUGGAAGAUCAGCUUGUGAGCUACUGGGAGAAAUUCGGCGCCAUCGCCUUUGAUAACACCCAAAAAGCGAUGCUCACGAGCUGCACCUUGAAAAAUCCGAAUGCCACCACUCCGAGCGAAGGGAUACCGUGCUGCUUCUCAUUCACUAUCCGGAGAGACAAUCACAACAUGUAA